AUGGUGAUUGGUGGUGAUAUAUUAGGUACGCGAUUUGGUGAUGAUGUUUGCGGUGACAUUUAUACUAAACUUGAUCAUGGAUUAACAAAAUCUGACAUUAAUCCUAAGGAUCGUCAAAACUUUAGUUCCUGUUUAAAAUUAACAUCUACUGAUCUAUUCAAAAUUUUAAAUGAUAAUGUUAAUACUCGAGGAACAUUAAUUUAUCUUCAGAUGUUAAAAAUGAUUGUAGUGGCCUACGUUAAGAAAAAAACAACUAUUGCUGAACUUUUACUUGUCAAACAAAAACAACUACCACCACAUGUACUGUGUAUUCAUGCUUUUAGUUCACAAGCCUGUGAAUCAAUUUUUAGAAACACGCGAGCAUUAAGUGGAAUUUAUUCAACUAUAGUUAAUUUUACAGUAUAUGAUUUUUUACGACGUGCCCAAAGACUUUCAUUAUUGAAUGAUAUUAAAUGUAAGCAAUCGAAUGAUGAAUCAGUUAAUAAUUUGACCUUUCCAGUUCAUCACAAACAUCAAAAUGAUCGACAAUCAUCAUGUACAGAAAGUCAAAAUGAGAUUGAUCAAAUAGAUAUUGAACAAAUUAUUACCAAGGCGUACCAUGAAGCUAUUGAUAUGCUCGAUGGCUUAGAAAUAUUGAAUGUGCUGAAAAACAAACGUGUUCUCGAUUUAAAAUUAUUAAGUGAAUAUGUAUUUAAACAAUUAAAUUCUAAUUCAAAAAUGUAUGACUAUUCAUCUCAACGAAGUAAUAUGGAUGAUGGUGAAUUUGAAAUAGAUGAUGAUGAUGAUGAUGAUGAUGAUAAUGAAACAACAGAUGAUCUUAACAUGGAUGAUGAUAAUAAUGAUAGUUUUUCCUCGAAUGCUGAUUACACUGAUGAAGACGAACAAGAAGAUACUGAUAAUUCAAUAAAUACCACAAAAAAUGAGUUUGCUGGAAUAAAGAUCUGCAGUAAGGUUGAAUCUGACACAGAACAUUGUUAUUUUAAAGUUACAAUUAAUGAUGAUACAAAAUAUUUACGUAAACAAACUGCUUGUUGGUUAUUAACUGAAGAAAAAAGUAAACUAUCAAACGACCGGCUACUUCGAGUACAACAGGCUAAUAAAAAUAAAUAA